AAUUACAAAUAACCCAGUUCGAUUUUCUUUCCAAUGAACUGAAGAAGCUAUCUGUCCUCAUCCUUCAAAAUCUUCAUCAUUCAUAUUUCUCUCAACAAUUUCUUUUUCCAUGUGAUUUUGAUUUUGAUGAGCUUGUCACCUGUUCGAUUUUUCGUCCAUGCGCAACUAAAUUUGUUGACGAACUCACUGAAUUUCUCACGAUUUAAUCAAAAUCCGAUGAACUGAAGAAACAGAAUCCCUCACCGGCGCCGGCGUCGGGAUUGGGAAGUUUCUCAAGAUGCUUUUCUCUGCGGUUUAUCUCGAGAAAAGAGCCUGAUUCUUUCAGUUUCCUCUCUCUUCUGAUUCUUUUUGCCUUUUUUUUGUUGGUUCUCUGUAUGUUUCUUUUCAAAAACCGAGUUUCUUGUCUUUUGUUGUUCUCUACACUCUUGCUCUUUAUGCAGAGUGAAAUGGAUGCUUCCGUAAAGAGGCAUUGCUUGUGGUUCUGUCUCUAAUGGCUCGUCAAGGCGCUUAUUCCAAUGCUGGCUACUGCAGCAAUGGUGAGAAGAAGAGUACGAGCCAGGUUCAACAGUUGGGUAACGCGAUCUUCCAUGAUUUUCUUGGCAUUAGGACCAAAGAUGCUUCCGUACUCUUGGCCGCGAAGACGCCGGAUGUAAGCUUCUCGGAGGCAUCGACGCCGCCGUCGGCUUUGGCUUCUUCUAGCGGUGGCCGUGGACUCCACUCCGCCGCCUCCGAUCUUGCUUCUGAAAACCAGGUUGGAGAUUACCUUGAAGGGGUUCCAUUCUACAGUCCAAGGAAUGAUAUAUCCGGACCUGAAAAUGGUAACCGAAUAGCAGGGAUUAAACGCAGUAAUCCAGAUUCUGCUUUCAUGGGGUCAUAUAGAACCCAAAUUCCUCAUAUACUACAAAAUGGAGCUGGUGGAGAUCGACCAAGAUACAACGAUAAUGAGGCACUUUACAGUAUGCAGCCACCAAGAAUUGCUGCUUCUUCCGUCACACAACAUUCUCUUGGUACUAGAUUCAAUCCGAGUAUUUCCAAAUGGGAGAGACCCAUUUCGUCGAACAUGAGUUCUGCACCGAAUUCUCCACUCGGGAGUCAGUUUGUGCCUCGUGUUCAUCAAGUAGCUUCCAAUUUUUCCAGAGAAUUUAAUGUUGCUCCCUCCAGUAUUUCUCAGUCUGCUGCUGAUGAAGGAUCUAGAACUGGGAUGAAAAGCCCUGGAGUUUUAAAUAACUUUAAUGCUCGACAUGAUGGGAGACGCUCUUCUCAAAUGUUGCUAGGUUGUGACAAGCAGAAGACCAAUACUGAAGGUUUAGCAUACAAAUCUUCUAACCCUCCCAGUCAGCAGGAUCUUGAUUCAAACAACAGACAGAUGACUAUUUUCUAUGGCGGUCAAGCUCAUGUUUUUGAUGAUGUCCAUCCAAACAAGGCUGAUAUUAUCAUGGCCUUAGCUGGAUCAAAUGGAGGCUCUUGGUCAACAACCUUAGCACCUAAAUUAAAUGUAACUGGGAUACCUAGUGACCAGGAAUCAGCUAAAGAGCAUCAUGGAAAGUUAUAUCAUAGUUUGAUAUCCACCAGUCGAGGAGUUGGCGAUAUUCCUACCUCGACGCAAGCAGCUGUUGGUGAUCAUCGACACGGCGUUGCAGCGAAAGAGACCCGAGAACCUGUUCAUUCAGCAGAGCCCAAUGCUGAACAGUACAAGGAGAGUUAAGUUGUAAGAUUACUGUUAGAACCAAUCUCAUCGCCGUUUUCGUCUAUCAGUCUUGUGUUUCUGCAAAUAACAGUCAAUUACUCUCUUAAGGUGACGACGAUGGCUUUCUUUCCAUCCCCAUCCCGCCAUCCCCAUUCUCGUGCCUUUUGUUCGCAGCAAGAGGUCAUUGAUCAAAACUGAAGGGUAAAGAGAUUUAUGGUAGAAAGUAUUGUUGUUAGUCCAAUUUCAUUAGCAUUGUCAUUAUUUUCCUUUUAGCAAAUACAACAGUCAAUUGCUUGCUUAAGGGGACGGGUUUCUCUAAUAUUUGUUUGAUGCAGAAAAGUCGGUUGCCUUCAAAGCUUGCUAUAAAAUUUUCCAUUUUAUCUAUUGUGAAGUGUAGUGGAAAAUUAUGUUUAUACUUUUCUUGCCCCUAAUAAGAUACAAUGUCAUAUCAUGGGUA